AUGGAAAAAAGAAAGCAAUGUUGGCAGUUGCUUUGCUUAUUGAGGCCUGACAGAAAUUGUCCAUGGUUGUGCAUGGGUGAUUUUAAUGAGUUGUUGUCCAAUGAUGAGAAGAUGGGAGGGGUAGACAGACCUUUCUUCCAAAUGGAAAGGUUUAGAGAGGCUUUAGAUGAGUGUGAACUUGGUGAUUUGGGAUUUGUUGGUUCACGGUUCACUUGGUGCAACAAAAGAGAGGGGAGGAGUUUUAUUAAGGAAAGACUUGACAGGGUUCUUGGAAAUACAGCUUGGCCAAACUUAUUUGACACUACUAUGGUUCAUGUGCUCCCAGUAGAAAAUUCUGAUCACACUCCUCUGUUGGUAUCAUGCUUUCAUCAUCAAGAGGAACAUAUUACUAAAAAAAAACUUUUCAGAUACGAAGCUUUCUGGUCUAAAAGGCAGGAGAGUAAAGAUAUAGUUCACAGGGCUUGGACAAUUGGAGGUGGAGGACAAAGUAGGCUUCAAUCAUGGGCCAAAAGUUCAGGAGGUAACCAUCAACAACUGGUCCGUCAAAAGAGGGAAUUGCUUCAGCAUAUGCAAGAGCUUAAUGUGGGGGAUAUUAAUGGGCAAAUUAAAGAAACUCAAGAGGAAGUGGAUGUCCUUUUGGAAGAAGAGGAGCUGAAAUGGCGCCAAAGGGCCAAGCAACAGUGGUUAAAAGGGGGAGAUAGGAACUCUAAGUUCUUUCAUAAGUGUGCUACUCAUAGAAGGAAGGUCAAUAUGAUAAAAAGGAUUAUAGAUGAGAGGGGAGUUUUGGCUACUACUCAAGGGGCAGUAAGUCAGGUGUUUCAGUCUUACUACCAGCAACUGUUUACUUCUUCAUCUCUUUCUAGCAGUGAGGAGGUAGUGCAGGUUGUGGACAAAGUCAUUACUCCUGAGAUGAACAGGCAGCUUAUGAAGAGGUGCUCUUUGGAGGAAGUUAGGCUUGCAGUUUUUGAUAUGAAUCCUCACGGCUCUCCUGGUCCCGAUGGGUUUUCAGCAUGUUUCUAUCAGGAUCAUUGGCUUGAAGUGGGGGUGGAGGUGACAACUACAGUGCAGGAAAUUUUUGCUACUAGGAGUGGUCUGGCUGAGAUUAAUGAUACUCACAUAGCUUUGAUUCCAAAAAAGAAGAUCCCUACUCUAGUCAUGGAGUACAGGCCCAUUAGCUUAUGUAAUGUACUCUAUAAAGUGGUUUCUAAAGUUAUGGCAAAUAGACUUAAACAGUUUCUGCCUUCUAUUGUUUCUUCCUCUCAAAGUGCUUUUGUUCCUGGGAGAUUAAUAUCAAAUAAUAUCAUUGUGACCUAUGAAGCGAUGCAUUCAAUGAAAAACAGAAUGAGAGGCAAGAGGGAAGGGUAUAUGGCACUAAAGUUGGAUAUGAGUAAGGCCUAUGAUCGGAUUGAGUGGGAUUUUUUGGAAGCUGUCCUCCUCAAGAUGGGGUUCAGUGAGGAGUGGACUGCUUUGGUUUUACAGUGUGUUAGCACAGUUAACUAUUCUAUUAUGCUGAAUGGAAGACCCUUGCAAAAAUUCCAUCCAAUGAGGGGUCUGAGACAAGGGGAUCCCUUAUCCCCUUAUCUCUUUAUCCUUUGUUCUGAGGUGCUUGAUGAUAGCUUGCUGUUUUGUAAGGCAAAUGCUUUGGAGUGGAGUAGGCUGUGUGGUAUUCUCAAAGAUUAUGAAAAUGUUUCUGGGCAGAGGCUAAAUAUGGACAAAACAACUAUUUAUUUUAGUUGUAAUACGAGGAGAGAAGCAAAAGAGGCUAUUUUGGCAACUGCAAGUCUGGUGGAAGCCAAGUCCUAUGAGAAGUAUCUAGGCCUUCCAGCUUAUGUUGGUAAACAAAAACUGAAUGCCUUUAAACCUGUUUUGGAUAGUAUAAGGGCGAGAAUGCAAAGCUGGUCAGUGAGGUUCUUAUCUCAGGCAGGGAAGGAGGUCUUGCUGAAAUCUAUUGUGCAAGCUAUUCCCACUUACUGUAUGAGCAUCUUCAAACUCCCAAAAGCUAUUCUCAAUGCUAUUAAUUCUUUAAUGCAGAAAUUUUGGUGGGGAAUGAAAGGGGACAGAUCUAAAGUUAAAUGGAUUCCUUGGAAAAGUUUAGGUUUUUCUAAAGAUGAGGGAGGGCUUGGUUAUAGAGAUUUUGAAAAGUUUAAUGUGGCUCUCCUAGCUAAGCAAGGGUGGAAACUUUUAAAGCAUUCGGAUUCCCUAGCUGCAAAAGUGUUAAAGGCAAAAUAUUUCUAUAGAUCUGAUUUUAUGAAGGCUAAAGUGGGUAGCAACUCCUCUUAUUUAUGGAGGAGUUUCAUUGCAGGAAGAGAAGUUUUAAGUGAAGGACUGUUCUUGUGUAUUGGCAAUGGGGACUCGGUUAGAAUAUGGUAUGAUAAGUGGGUUCCUAAACCAACCUCCUUUAAAGUUCAAUCAGCAAGGAAGAUAUUGGGAGAAGAGUCAAAAGUAAGUUGUUUAAUUGAUCAGCAGGGAGGUGGUUGGAAGUUACCUUUAGUGCAGGAAGUCUUUGAUCCAGAAGAGGCUGCAGUUAUAAGUCAAAUUCCCUUGAGUAUAACUAAUGCAAGUGACUUAUUGACUUGGAGAUGUUCUAGUGAUGGCAAGUUCUCAGUUAAGAGUGCUAACCAUUUAUUAGGCACUAUGGAGUUAGUGAUCAGGGCCAAUCCUCCUCUCCUGAGGAUUUUGGACUCCCCACUAUGUCCAGUCUGUAAUCAAGAGCCCGAGUCUGUUAUGCAUGCUCUGUGGUCAUGUACCUUAGUGCAGGAUGUGUGGGGCCUCAGUUUGAGGAAAUUGCAAAAAAGAUUAGUUAUGGAGAGUUCUUUUAAGGAGUUAUGGGUGCACUUACUCUCUGUGCUGGAAGAUGAUGAACUUGAUGCAUUUGCAGCUACUAUUUUCCAGAUUUGGAAGAGAAGGAACAACCUAGUUUUUGAAAACAAGUUCUGGGAUCCAGGUAAGCUGGUUGGUGCUGCCCGAAAUGCUGUUUCAGAAUUCUUAUCAGCAAAUGAGACUUCUACUACUAUACAGGCAGGGAUUAAUCAAAGUGUUCAUAGUUGGAGCCCUCCACCAUUGUAUGUCUUCAAAGCCAACUGGGAUGCGGCUGUUGAUAGAGGCAGGAGUAAGAUUGGAGUAGGUGUAGUAAUCAGGGAUUGGGAGGGAAGAGUGGUGGUUUCUAUGAGUUCACCAAAGAAUUUCUUUCCAGAUGCUCAUUUAGCAGAAUCCUAUGGAGCCUUGAAAGCUGUUCUUUUGUGCAAACAGAUGGGAAUUAAGCAGGUGAUCUUUAAGGGAGAUGCAAAACAGGUUGUUAUGGAUCUUACUAGCUCACAUUAG